UUUUCAAUUACUGACGUUCUAUCCUUUGGGCAACUCUGUAGAUAAAGAAGCACGCAGACAGCAACGCUAACCCAAAAAACUCCAUCUCCGUCACAUUCCGAAAAUGACGUUCGAGACUCCGCUCGGCAAGGCCCUCCAAGGGGGACCGUCUACACAGUUUGGGUUCUGGCUCACGCUUCCCAGUGCGCCUGUUGCUCGAGUCCUUCUCCGGUCGGCGUCGGCUUCUCCCUUCAAUAAAUUCAGCUGGGUACUGGUUGAUGCUGAACACGGAUUGAUCUCAGACAAGGACUAUUAUGAGUUGUCUACCGCCAUCGCCUCCGAAGGGGCAAGCCCCAUCAUCCGAGUCCCUUGGCACGAGGAAUGGAUGAUCAAGCGCGCUCUGGAUGCUGGCGCCCACGGUGUUCUAUUGCCAAUGUGUCAUACUGCGGAAGAUGCAAAGCGUAUUGUUCAAUACUCCAAGUACCCACCACUUGGGUCACGAGGAUAUGGGCCUAUGUUUUCUCCCCAUUCUCUCCCCGGAGUCACGGGAGGCCAAUAUGAUGACGGAGCCGAUCAAAGUUUGAUGGUCAUGGUCCAAAUUGAAUCGAGAUCAGCCUUGGAGAAUGUGGAGGCAAUUGCCAAGACAGAUGGUGUGGAUGUCCUCCUGAUUGGUCCUUUUGAUCUUGCCAAGCAGAUGGGGGUCGUUCGGGGCGGCGAGGAACAUGAGGCUGCCAUUCAAACGAUUCUAAAGGCCUCCCACGCUGCAGGCAAGAAAGCGGCCAUCUUCUGCACCAACGGUAGUCAGUCUCUCGAGCGAGCUAGCCAGGGCUUCGAUAUGGUGUCAAUCAUCACCGACCUAGGCGCCGUCGAAGAGGGAAUCACUCAGACCCUGCAGAUUGCGAGUGGAAAGGGCACGGAGGGAGGAAAGGAGCAACGCGAUCAAUACUGAUAGAAUUUAGAGUAUCUGAUGGAUCCGUUACGGUCAAUUUGAUCGAUGCAAUAAUGUUCGUAUUGAUGAUGAUGAUUAUGAUUGCUUGUCCUCGUCAUCUGGAUCGGUCGGAAGAGGGGUUAUCAUACCCCCCUUCUGACUAAGGUCCGGAUAUCAAUCUAUCAGAGGUUUCGUUAUACAGGGUCAUAUUCCAACAGUAUCCAAUAAAUCACAUCAGACUUCCUGGC